AUGUCCACUCCAGCUGAAUUGUUAGCAUUGAAGCACGCCCAAGCAAGCGCUGCCGAAGAGCCAUCUUCGCCUGCCCCAACUGAAUUCUCAACCGCAACCCCUAACUCUGUUGAGGACUCUGUCAUCAGAAUGGACGAUGACGCAUAUUUUCCAUCUCUAGGUGACGCCACAGGCUCUGCUCCUGCCCUAUGGGGCCCUUCCUCUGACCCAACAAGGUCUUCGUGGGCAAAGCCAGUCUCUUCUUUCAGGCCUGCCGUCAAAUCGUCUUCCACUCAAGUUACUUUCAUCAUUGCCGACGAGCAACAACAAAAUCUUGCGAAAGGAGAACUUUUCAAGAUUUUUGCCAAGAUCCAGGCUUCUUUGAACGUCAAAGUGGAGUCAACUUACUCAGGUGCCACGAAGAAGAGAACCUUCCUUUUAAAUGGGCCUUCCGAUAACGUUCCACAGGCAAAGAGAGAGCUUAUCAGGCAAUUGACCAAACCUACCAAGAUUUCCUUUGAAAUUCCAUCCAAGUUAAGAUCUGCUGUCAUUGGAUCUGGCGGUAAAACUUUAAAGCCAAUCAUCGAAGCGACAUCGGUGAGAAUUGACAUCGGUAGAGAAUCAGAAACUUCUGAAAGCUCCAACUCUUUGCUGACGGAAGACGAGGAAUUGUUUGGUAAAUCAUUAACUGUCACCAUUGAGGGGGAUAUUCAAGGAUGUUCUGAUGCAAAGGCUAAGAUUCUAGCAAUUGUUAAUGAGCAUACCAAGACUUUGAGUGUCAGAGUUCCUGUUUCUGAAAAAUUGAAACCCUUUGUCACCAAUGAAAUUGCUGAAACUGUUUUCCCUGAAGGAGUUGAAGCUAUCUGUCCAGAGCCAUCUUCGAGAAUUAGCUACAUCUUGGUCACAGGUCCAAGAGAAGGUGUAAUUGAAGCACGUAAUGCCAUCAAAUCUACAUUGGUUUCUUUGGACAACCAGGUUGUUGUCGAAGAGCGUGAAGUUCCGAAGCAUUUGCAUCCAUUUUUAGACACUGACAAAAUUCUAGAAGCUACUAGCGUGGUGAUGGAAGUACCUCCACAAGAUGAAACUUCCUCCAAGGUUAAGUUUAUUGGUGUAAAAUCAAACAUUUCAAAAGCUAUUCCAUUCGCAAAAAACUUAACAUCCGAGUAUUUUGUUGACUCCUUGGAUAUCUCCAAAUCUCACGGUGGCAACUAUCAACAUGCCAAAUAUCUGACUGCAUUUUUUGCUUACACCAAGUACUUUGAUGCAUUAAGUUCACAGUACGGUAUCAAGGUCUCAGGUCCUUCAUACAAGAAUAUAAUUGAUCCUGAAGUCAAAAAUGUCGUCAUUUCUUUCAGCUCUACUAAAGAUAAGAAGGAUGAUAUAAAGAAGGCAAGAAAAGACCUAGUUGAUAAUGUCAAUAAGAUUACCCCUAACUUUGUUAAAGCUGUAUCUGACAUUGAAUCAUUUCUCUUCCCUAAGUUAGAUAACACCGUGCCAAUUGAAAAUAACGUUUCUGUCGUUCCUUUAGGCUCAUUGGCAGGUGCAGGUAACAUGCUCUUGUUAAUUGUUCAACAAAACGAUGACGAGUUUUUACCAUCCGCAGACCAAGUUGAGGCUAAGUUAAAUGUUGUCAAUGAAUCGCUUAACGAGCUCAGAGCUUUGAGUAAGGAUUUGAUUGCUGAAACUAUUGAGACUCCUGCUGCAGAUCAAGCUCACCUUGAAGGUAGCACACUGAACGUUCUUUUAAACAAAUAUGAACCAAACAGUAUUGAAAUCAAACUUCACCAGAAUGCUGAUGGCGCUUCGCCAGAUGAAAUAUAUCUCAGAGGUUACAAAAACGAAAUCAAGAAAGCGAUUGGUGACAUUCAGCAACUCAUUGAUGAUGUUAAGAAUUACGAGGAAGCAUCUAAGUACAACACCGUUAUUGAAUUCCCAUCUAAAUAUUUGGCUAGAUUCAUUGGCCAAAAGGGUGCAUCGUUGAACCAAAUUAGAGAUGAAUUCGAUGUUAAGAUAGAUGUGUUGACUGAUGACUCGGAUAAGGUUGAGAGUGCUGAGAUCAAACUUACAGGCCUCAAGUCAAAUGUCGAUGAGUGUAUUAAGAAGGUAAGUCAAUUGUCCAAGAAGUGGGCUGAUGAAAAGACCGCAACGUUAAACAUCGAACAGAAGUUCCGCAAACAAUUGAUUGGUCCGAGCGGUGUCUAUGUCAAUAGGCUUCAAGAUAAAUACAAUGUUAAAAUCCAAUUUUCUGAUUCGAACGAAACUAAGGGUAGUGUUGUUAUCAAGGGUCCUUCUAGAGGUGUUGCUAAGGCUGAAGAGGAAAUCAAGCAGCUCUUGGAUUACGAAAAGGAAAAUGGCUUUGUUGAGGUCAUUCAAGUUCCUAGCGAAGCAUUGUCGAGAGUUAUUGGCAAAAGUGGUGAAACCAUUAAUGAUAUUUCUGUGGACACUGGGGUCAGAAUCCAUGCCAAGACAGAUCAAGCUAAAGCUCAGGAAACAGGUUCUGCGGAUUUUGAGAUAGUCGGUUCCAAAGCCGGUAUCAAGGAAGCAAAAUCAAAGAUUGAUGCCAUUGUCAAGCGUAUUGUAAAUUCUACCUCUGAAACCAUUGAGGUUGAUCCAAAAUGGUAUGGUAACUUGAUUGGUCCUAGCGGUAAGACGUUGCGUGAAAUCGUCAUUAAUGCUGGUGGAUCUGAAACCGACCGUGAUUUUAGACGUUUCAUACAAUUUCCUGCACGGAACUCGGAAUCCACGACCAUUGUUUGCGAAGGAGACAAGGCCGUUGUCGCCAAGAUUAUUGACACUAUCAGCGCAAUGGUGAAGGAUUUUGAGAGCGUGACCGAUGAGACUAUCGAAGUCCCUAAAAAACAACAUAGACACAUUGUUGGCUCCGGUGGUUCUGUGAGAAGGUCCCUCGAGGACGAGUUCAAGGUCAAGAUCUUCGUUCCAAAGCAAGAUAGCGAAAGCGACCUAGUCAGAAUCAACGGCAAGCCAGAAAAUAUUGCCAAGGCAGCUGAGAAGAUCCAAGCCCUGACUGCUUCGAAAUAGAUAGCAAUUUGCUAAAUAGCCAAAACUGAGUUUUUGCCCUCCUCUUUUGAUUUAUAGAAAACUUAUCUGUGUAUGUGUAUGUCCACCAUGCCUAGAUAUAUGUAAAAGCAAGCCAAAAAAGAUAAAGCAUAAGUUAAUGUAAGAUAUCACGUG